AUGGCUGCGAACAUCGAUACUUGUGGCAGUUUAAUAAACUCUACAACGGCUACCUGUGACGUCACCCUUUCGCGGGGAAGCGCGCUUGAAGUGAAGAUCGGCGACACUGAGUCGGUUUCCGCAUUGAAGCUAUACCUGGCAACGAAGGCCGGUGAAUGGCUGGCGGACAACGAUUCCGCUGCGUUAGAGUUGACGGAAGGAAAGGCUUUCCAAGACAUCCAGACUGCGAUUGAUGGAGUGCAGAUGAAGGCGACGCGGCUCAUUUAG